AUGCCAGUUCCUGCCGUAGCAGUCAGCGGGUCGACGGUGCAGCAACAGGUCUUGUUGCAACACCAGCUGCAGCAACAGCUGGAAGAUCAGCUUCAGCAGUUACAACAGCUCCAACAGCAAUUGCUGCAGCAGUCUUCCACCGCUCAAGAGACUCCAGGGAGACAAGGUCCAACCCUGGGGUCUAAAGGUCAUCCGGUUACCUCAUACUUGAAUUUAGGCGACAGCCCAUCGUCGGCCCUAGCAUUGGUGAGUUCUUUGUUAGGGGGCUCGGCGGCGGCAUCUCUGCGGCUUCCAGCUUUCAGUAGUACCUCGGCAGUUCCUUCGGCAUCGCGCUGCCCAGAAGGACAGCAGCAACAAGCGACUCCAAAACCUGCAGGCGUCGAUUCGGCGAACGAUCAGCAAGUGACCCCGCAAGAAUUUCCAUCUGUCGGGGGUGUUACAUACAAUGUGAAGGGUGCCUGCUGGGAGGUGGCCGUGAAAGGCCGCGAAACUACAAAGAUAUUUAGCACCAGAAAGUUUGGAGGCCUAGAAGCAGCUUACGGCGCAGCAGUCAUGUGGAAACGCAAGGUAGACAGAGGCGAACAGGGUGAUGAUGACGCAGAUGGGCCUGAGGGAGUAGAAGGUCCAGCAGACGAUGAAUAUCUAGACGAGGUCGAAGGGCUUGGGGUCAGUGCCUCUUCAGCGAAGUGGGAAGCCGGUAUAGAAGCAGAAGAACCCUUAAGAAAAAGAGCGGUUUACUCCAGGCCUGACCCCGUUGUGGGUUCUGUGGGUGUUGCCAUGCAGCAACAGCAAUUUGGGCAGUCACUGGUUCCGCCAUCAAUUCACAUCACAACAGUAUUGGACGAUAGCCAAGGCGUUCAGCAGCAGUUGUCCACAGCACCAAGCGUUUGA